UGAGCCAACUCCUCCCCUUUCCUCUGCUGGGGGCUAAAAGACAACAUGGACAAAUCUUCAGCAGCUCUGACUUGGAGACGCUUCUUGCUUCUUGGGUAGAUGAAGCUGCUCCUGCUCCUGUUGGCCUUCUUUCUGCUCCCCAGAGCAGAGGCAGGAGAGAUCAUCGGAGGACAUGAAGCCAAACCCCACUCCCACCCCUACAUGGCUUACCUUAGGAUCAGGCAUGAGAAAUCUAGAAAAAUUUGUGGUGGCUUCCUGAUUCAAGAGGACUUUGUGCUGACAGCUGCUCACUGUUUACAGGGCCCAAUAGAGGUCACCUUGGGGGCCCACAACAUCAAGGAACAAGAGAACACCCAGCAGGUCUUCCGUGUACAAAAUGCAUUUCCUCACCAAGACUAUAAUCGGAAAAAACGCAUCAAUGACAUCAUGCUGCUGAAGCUGGAGAAAAAGGCCAAGCUGACAAAAGCUGUGCAGCUCCUCAAGCUGCCCAAGGGGAUGACCCAGGUGAAGCCAGGUACCAGGUGCCAGGUGGCUGGAUGGGGACGAUUGUCCCCAGGGGGAAGACGUUCAAGAACACUGCAGGAAGUGGAGAUGGUAGUGCAGAAGGACGAGAAGUGUGAGGAACUCUUUCCAAAGUAUUAUGAUCCUGCUACUGAGAUUUGUGUGGGAGACCCAAAGAUUAACAAUACUUCGUUUAAGAUCCUGGGUAGUGUCUUUUGUCGCUCCCCAUCCACCAAUCCACUUGCCUCUGUGUACAGCCAAAUAGAGGUCACCUUGGGGGCCCACAACAUCAAGGAACAAGAGGACACCCAGCAGGUCUUCCAUGUACAAAACGCAUUUCCCCACCCAGACUAUAAUCGGAAAAAACACAUCAACGACAUCAUGCUGCUUAAGAUGGAGAAAAAGGCCAAGCUGACUAAAGCUGUGCACCUCCUCAGGCUGCCCAAUGGGAUGACCCAGGUGAAGUCAGGUACCCAGUGCCAGGUGGCUGGGUGCGGAAAAUUGGAUCCAGAGGGAACACCUUCAAGAAAACUGCAGGGAGAGGAGAUAGUAGUGCAGAAUGAUGAGAAGUGUGAGGAGAGCUGUGCAAAGUAUGAUCAUGCUACAGAGAUUUGUGUGGGAGACCCAAAGAUUAAAAAUACUUCUUUUAAGUUAAGACAAGGCAUCUGUCACAAUUGGGUUUGGGAGAAAGAGUGUUUGGGACAGAUCUAGUACCAGGAGACCCAAGCAUCAUGGAUUCCUUCACCCCAUAGGCCGUUAUGUUUAUCCCAGCAAAGAGAAGAAGGGAGAAGCCUGAGCUGGGAGGUACUAAAGCCUAAAGCCCCUACCACUUUACUAAGGGGCCUCUGGAGAAGGAAACCCCACUGGAAGCUUCAGUUUGCAACACAUGGCCUGAGCUCAUGGCACAGGCAUGAGAAAACUGUUUCCAUGGUGUGCAGAAAUUAUAACCUCCUCUGAGACAGCAGCCCUCUUAGUCAAUGAGCUCAUCAUCUGUGCUCAUUGUCAUACCUGGUCAUCAGCCUCCCUGGCCAGUAAUGGAUGGUCCUCACAACUCUACAGGGGUGAGGUCCAGACCUGGGGAUGAAGACAAAGGCUGGAUCCAAGAGUGAAAAUGUCCAUAGUCAGAGCUCAGCCACUAAGAGCCUAUAGUUCCCUCUAAUCUCUCACAAGCACACGUUACAAUCAGUACUGCAUGAGACAGUUUGGGAUAAUGGAAGUGAGACGUGAAGUGGUGCCAUGGUUCACAGACUCACUCUCUAUUUACAGGGUGACUCCAGAGGCACCCUAUGUGUAAUAAUGUGGCACAGGGCAUUGUCUCCUAUGGACCAAAAAAUGGAAAAACACCACGUAUUUUUACCAAAGUCUCAUGGUUUCUUCCCUGGAUAAAGAAAACCAUGAAACAGAGCUGACUGCUCACAGCAAAGUAAAUCCCCUCUAUCAGCAACCAUCUUUCCUGGAGCUGGAUCUAGAAUCAUGCUAGAGCAGAUGCCAGCAACUAAAUAAAUGUUUCAUCUCAGUGAAAGGCUAGUUUCUUGUUUGCUCACGUACUUUGGUUCAUGGGGACCAACUCUGUGAUAAGCAGGACAGUGACACAGUUCUGAUGAUUUCUGCCUCCUCCACUCCUUCUCCACUCAAUAGCUUUGCAAAUCCCCUUUCAAAACUG